AAGAAAGCACGAUUAUGCCUUCGGGGGUGAUGCCUGCUGAUCGGUGAGCUCUUCACUCCAGGUAUCGAGAGAGGCUCGAACGGAAUACAUCGGGAGUAAAUUUCUGCCAGACACUGGCAUAAAUCCAUCACCCAUUGGGCUGCAGUGUCCCCCUUUUCCCACCUGCCGGAAACACAACAGAGACAUCUCAUACCUAUAGUACGCAACUAGAGGGCAAAAUGGUUGCCCAAUUCAUCGUCGCCUUCUCGGCAGUGUUCGGUAUGGCGGAAGCUAUCCGACACACGCAACAGUCAGCCCGGAGAAAAGAGCAUCGAAGCCGGAAAAAUAACCUCAUUAUCCGAUGCCGCAAGUCAACAUGUCACUCCCCAGAUAUCCACGGCAAGCACGUAGUUCUCUCGGGAGACAAGCUAUUUGUUGACACCGGGACUGACCCAGACUCGGCGUUCGGACACCAGUUUGCGGGCUACUUCCUGCCGUACCCAGACAGCCAAUACGCCGGCCUGGUCUCAACUAUUUGCGACGAGCCGCCCAUCAUGAACUGGAUCUACGUGGACCGGGACACGUACGAGGUCAAAUUCGGGACCCGGCCGUACGCCCAGAACAAUUACACGGGCCCGUUCGACUGCACCAGGCAAGACAAGCGACUCACCUUUGCGAGCUGGGAAGGGUUCUGCGUCGUCAGAACGGGGAACUUCUGGGCUCUCUACUUUGACGUCGAGCAGGAUGGACUAAAGUCAAAGCUUCCGGAAGGCGUGACUGCCCUCGAGGUGGAUCUCCUGCGCGUUGAGGUGCCUGUGAAGCCGGUCAAGCCUGAGGAACAGGAGCAGGCCGAGGGUAAAGAACCCGGUCAAGAGGGCAAAGAGAAUGGUAACAGUGACGGCAACGACAACAGCAACGAAAGCAGUACCAGCCCUCAAAGGGAAGCAAAUGAGGUGGAGCUGGAGUCUCCCGAGGUUGACUGAUGUGUGGAGAUACCGGUGGGGAAGGGCAGCAAGGGAAGGCGAUUUAUGGCUUCGGGGAGAGAGCUGUCGUCCAGAAGUAGGACAGCCAAUGUGCUCAGGGCAGCUUCAUGAAUGGAGAAACAAGUUCAUACCUUUAAUCCCA